CCAAGGUCUCGUAAAAUAUAAAGCCGCCUCAUUCCGAGACUCGUUUACGGAAACACGCACCCGUGGCUACUUGCCCUCACGGCGGUAAUUCCAACCGUCUAUGCUUCUCGACGCGGUUCAACAAGUGAAUGUUCCCCCGUCUCCUUCCACAUUGUAGCCACCGCCGAAAAUGCCAUCUUGUCUCCAUCUUACGACCCCAGCAAUGAAACGUCCAUCAUUAACUUCAUCAACGCAAUGGCCAGGGGCGAGGUGAACCCCGUUGUCGGGUCUCAGAACAUCAGCGGCUCCUUCGUCAUCAACGGCAUCUACUGCAAGCCCACCAAAAAGGUCAAGAGAAAACGCAGCGCCCUUCAAAUAUUGGUUCACGGCAUCACCUAUAACAGCAGCAUGUGGGGUGGGUAUCACUUUGGUGACCGCUACAACUGGCACGCCUAUGCUAAUGGAGAGGGGUAUCACACCCUCGCCAUUGACAGACUUGGCCACGGCCUCAACUCAAAGGCAUUAGACCCGCACAAUGUGAUUCAACCUAUGCUCCAGGUGGAGAUUUACAAGGAGCUGAUCCAGUCUAUCCGUUUCAACACCGCUGCCAACUCCCUUCGGAAGAGGUUUUCCAACAUCAUCUGGGUCGGCCACUCCUACGGCUCCCAAAUCGCCCUCCCACUCGCACGCCUCUGCCCAAAUCUCACCUCAGCCCUGAUCUUGACAGGCUGGUCCUCCACCACCAACCUCAGCGAGGUGCAAAAGUUCAAUCUCGCCUCUGCUUCUACUCUUUAUCCCUCUCGGUUUCCUGGCCUGGAUAAAGGCUACCUAGCCAUGGCCGACGAGGCCCUACGUGCAAAACUGUUUUACUAUGGUGCUUACGACCCAGCAAUCCCCGCGUUUGACUUUGCAAACCAGGAUAUUGUCACGAUUGGUGAGUUUGCCGCUAAUGCAGGACCGUUUGGGAUACCGCCUGCCGCGUACAACAAGCCGGUUAUGGUUAUUACUGGUGUGGAAGAUGGUGUGUUUUGCGGCCAACCUGGAGUCGCAGCAAGGGAGUGUGAGGAGUUGUUGGAGAAGACGAGGACAGACAUGUUUCCGGGUGUGCCGGGGAGGAAGUAUGAGUAUUUUGCGCCGAGGAAUACGGGGCAUGAUUUGACGCUUCAUUAUUCGGCCAAGGAGACUUUUAGGAGGGCUCAUGGGUUUUUGGACAAGUACUUUUAGGAGGAGUUCUACAUGGCGGGUUGAGACGGCGAGGGAAUCGAGGUUUGUGGUUGGUAGAUCCCUUGGAAAGCUGUUACACGUAGCUACACCGGAAACAAGUCAAUCCCCCUCACAUGAUAAAUGCAUAAGCCCCAUCCCAACAAUCAUCCCACUUCCUUUCCCCUCCUCCGACCCAGAACCGCUCCAGCAAUCUCUUCGCCACCAAAGGCGGUGAUAUCCCCUGGUCACGAGCCAUAUCAACCAAACACCGCCCAAUAUACUUCUGCACGCCCGCCCCAGCCCUCGCCGCCUCCACGCCAGCUACGAUCAACGGCCAAGUCAUCCUCUUCCUUGCCCUCGGUGUAGUCAUUCCCGUCUCCAAUAUCGAGAACAAAGCCUGGGCGUACUUGGCUCGUAACACCUCCACUUCCUGGGUUGACUUCAAAGCCCCGGUGCUCACCAACGAUAGUAUGCAGUACAGCGCAACGCUGGCAUGAAACACACGGCCAAUGACAAGAAACUCCUCCCUGCUGGCAAAUACUGACUUUUCCAGAUUUGACGUCCAGUCCUCUGGGGAAAAGAGCUCUAUCUGGCCGAGGAUGCCGAGGGCGGCUUGCUUUGUUUUCGGGUGGGAUGGCUCUCGAGCGCGUAGCUCGUUGAUGAGGAUUAAUUUGAUAAAGAGGGGCGUUGGACAGGACAUGGGGGGGAAGUAGACUUCGGUGUAGUAAUCCUCCGUCAGGCGGAGGGUGGUGACUGUGUCGGCGAUUUGAAACUGGUUGUCGGGGGGGCUGGUGGUGUUGGCUAGUACCGCGGUGCUGUUGGUGGUGUUAGUAGGAGUUUGGGGAAAGGGGGACGGGAUGAACGGACAUCAUCAACCCUACCAGACUCGGCCUCAUCUGAUCACACCGGUCUAUUAUCUCCAGAAACCCGCCGUGAAACUCCAGCAGGGUCAUGAACCCGUCCACGUGCGUCCUCCAAGAUGGGGUCAUGGAUUGUUGGAGGAACGCAAAGAGGAAGGCGUACACGCUUACGACGGCUUCAAGACCGCGGCGGGUUUCUUCAGCGUCGAGUAAUUCGUGAAUGGCACGGAUGGAGAUGCCGCGGUGGUGGUAAAAUCUUGGCAAGAUGGGCUUCACCAGGUCGAUUUCGGGACAGCAGUCGGACAUUUGCAUGAUUCGGUGGUUGAUGGUGACUGAAACCAGCGUGUGGAGGAUAGACAGCGGGAUGUCUUCUACCGUCAACAUCGGAAAAACAAACUGGCUCGGGCCGAGCUGGUGGGACUGGAGGUCGGGAUAGAUCCGGGCGUUGUCUAGAUCACGGCAGUUAGCUCCCGGAGCCCACAACACUGGGGAACAUCCCAGUCCAACCCACAAUACAACAUAGCCUCAAUAAUAUCAAACAUUUCCGGCCGGAGAGUAGGAGUGAUAGGUGGAGUUGCCGGGUGAUUGCGGUGGCGCUUCUGGGACUCGGGGGGCGUGAGAGGAGCCUGUCUCUUUGGACUAGGACACGACACUUGCGGCCGGAGAGAUGGUAAACGCCCUUGACCCUUCCGCUUCUUCGGCCGGGACAUGACCUGCCCCGGGGCUAGCCAUUGCAGUGGCUUUUUGUCUGCAUACCCGGGACAGACGAUGCCAGCGGUCCGGCACUUGUUGCAGACGGGUUGUUGACCGUCACACACGACCCGUCUCCGUCUGCACUCCCAGCAGUGCUGGUGACGCAGGUUAGCAAGAUUGGGCAUCCUGUGGGUGUUACCGACGUGGCUGAACGGGUGGAUGCAUCGUGGAGAGAGGAAACACGAGGGGGAAGUCGCAGUUUGGGAGUUGACCUUACACCAGAGCCAACCUCACCCCUGCUCAAGGGGGGUUGGCCUUGUGGGUUGAAGCCUGCGGGGACAGGCAUGCCUCCCGCUGUCUUGGCUUCUUGGCCAUCUAUUCUCCUGAAAGGGGAUGGUUCGAGAUCUUUGUUCAGUGGGUCUUCACGGCCAACGAUGGUCCAAUGAGACGGCAUGUCAUGUAAGACGGCUAUCGGAUUCGAGAAAGCGAGGCACUGCCUUUGGAGUCUGGACUGGUGAAAUGGGUGAGAGACUGAUGAAAGGCGCGUCUCCGGUUCCAUGGGUACCUAGAUAGCCUUAUAGGGCUGAAGAAAUUGCGGAUCACCUUUUCAUCAUGCCAGGGGUUUCCUGGAUGCAAGGUUCAACACCCGAACUCUCAGCAUAUCAGCAACUCUCUCUCUUGCUAGGUAGCUUUCAUCCAUUAAAGUUGACCGGUACUCUGUACAAAUGCCAUAUCCAACCUCCUUUCCCUCCCAUCAAGAAGGCUGAAUAUCUAAGGUACUCCCAGUCAACCCCCCUUCACCCCAGACAAAGAAAGAGGCAUAAUUACCCCUACAAUAACUCACAGGCAGAAGAAAAAGGUCCCUUAGGCGGGUACUCGUCAUACUCCUCCGGCGCACCC